UUGAACCAGGAAGUGUUUUGGGCGUCAUCGUCGGUUUAUAUCGCUCCGAAAAUGUCGUCUGAACAGUUCGAGAAACACGAAGAUGAGUUUCAAACAUUAUAUGAAUCAUUAAAUUCAGCAGUGUCUGACAGAAUACCUGCUUCAAGUGGAGAGGAAAGGAAAAGGUUGAUACGGGAAGCUGAACGAAGAAUUGAAGAUGGGUUCAUUUUGGUGCAUGAAAUGGAAGAGGAAUUGAAACCUGCUCCAGGAACUUACAGAAUACAGUCUUUGAGUAAAGUCAGAAGUUACAGACGAGAUCUUGAAAAGAUACAAAACAAAUUGCGACAGUUAUCGAGUGGAGCUAGUGGUCGAGAUUCUUUUGGUCCUGGUGUUCAUGAUACUCAGGCAGAAAUUACUGCAAUGCAAAGUUCUCAGAGAUCACGAUUAUUACAAGGGACAGACACAUUGAUGAGAGCAUCAGACAGCAUUGAUAGAUCACGUAGGGUGGCAGCAGAAACAGAUGAGGUUGCUGUGGAAAUAAUUGGUGACCUGGGAGAACAGAAAGAGCAGCUUGUUAGAACCCAGGACAGGGUACAUGGAAUGAAUGCAGAACUUAGUAAAAGUAGAAAAAUUUUAAAUUCCAUGGGAAGAAAGUUGAUCACAAAUAAACUUAUACUUGGAUUCAUUAUACUCUUGGAGAUGGCAAUACUUGCUGCUAUUUUAUACUUAAAGUUAAAAUGACUGCAAACAAACAAAUCGUAUGUGAAUAAAAUAAGUGGUAAUGGACUCAUGCAUAUUGGUUGGUGGAAGUCACAACAUUUGAAUCAACCAAACAAGAAAUAGCCAUAUACUGCUAUACCACUGUGGAUCGGUUUUGUUAGGGCUGAAUAUCUUUUUUGUUUUAUGAAGAUUCUGUAUCGCAAUAAUGGUAUUUUGGCUUUAAAUCUAAAACAAAAUUGUACUAUCUCAAUCUUCAAUCUGUGUAACGAAUUGAAAACAUGCUGAAUGGUAAUGGUCAAACUUCAAACCAAAGAAUCAUGUU